UCUCACAUCAACACAAACAGUGAAAGCGAGCGCGUGCGGGGGGAACGCAGGGCUAGUGCUACGGGCUUGCCCUUCCCCCAUCGGUCCGCGAGCAGCUUCUUCCCCCACCCCCGUCUGCCCCCGCCCCGGUCCGUACCCCCCACCCCAGCCGGAGACCUGGAGGACGCAGCGGAGGGGAUUCAUUUGUGAUGUUCUGAUGUGCUGUUGAAAGGAAAAGAACAGCGUCUGUUACACACUGACACUUCAAAACGCUCCUGCUAAUGUAUUUUCAAACUCAUUGAAUUAUCAUAGAAAUUCAUCAUGGGAGGAGCUGUGAGUGCUGGGGAAGACAAUGAUGAUUUAAUUGAUAACUUGAAAGAAGCUCAGUAUAUUCGCACUGAGAGAGUGGAGCAAGCCUUCAGAGCAAUUGACCGUGGUGAUUAUUAUCUAGAAGGAUACAGGGACAAUGCUUAUAAAGACUUGGCUUGGAAGCAUGGAAAUAUACACUUAUCAGCACCUUGCAUUUAUUCUGAAGUCAUGGAGGCAUUGAAACUUCAACCAGGAUUAUCUUUUCUGAAUCUGGGUAGCGGAACCGGAUAUUUGAGUACAAUGGUGGGAUUAAUAUUAGGCCCUUUUGGAAUAAAUCAUGGAAUAGAGCUUCAUUCAGAUGUGGUAGAAUAUGCCAAGGAAAAAAUGGAGAGCUUCAUAAAAAAUAGUGAUAGCUUUGAUAAAUUUGAGUUCUGUGAACCUGCCUUUGUGGUUGGUAAUUGUCUGGAGAUUGCAUCGGAUAGUCAUCAGUAUGACCGGAUUUAUUGUGGAGCUGGGGUCCAGAAAGAUCAUGAGAACUACAUGAAAAUUUUAUUGAAAGUUGGAGGUAUUCUGGUUAUGCCGAUAGAAGAUCAGCUAACACAAAUCCUGCGAACUGGACAGAACACUUGGGAAAGUAAAAACAUCCUUGCUGUUUCAUUUGCUCCACUAGUACAACCCAACAGGAAUGACAACAGCAAACGUGAUACUGUGGGACUGCCCCCAUGUGCUGUUAGGAAUCUACAGGACUUAGCUCGGAUCUACAUUAGACGCACUCUUAGAAAUUUCAUAAAUGAUGAGAUGCAAGCCAAGGGUAUCCCUCAGAAGCCCCCACCAAAACGAAAACGCAGGAGGUGCCGUAGACGCAGGAUUAACACCUAUGUGUUUGUAGGCAAUCAGCUUAUUCCUCAGCCUCUAGACAGUGAAGAGGAUGAAAGGAUGGAAGAAGACAACAAAGAUGAUGAUGAUAAAGAUCACAAUGAAGCCUUGAAGCCAGAGGAACCUCCUCGAAAUUUAUUGCGAGAAAAAAUUAUGAGUCUACCGCUACCCGAAUCUUUAAAAGCAUACUUGACAUACUACAGAGAAAAGUAACUCGUUUUAAGUAGAAACAAUAAUGCCUACUGAUAGCUCCUUUAUUCUUGAAAAUGUAGCAUUUAUUAAGAAAUAGAUGGACAAAUAUCAUUAGUCUUUCAACAAGACUGAAAUACAGUGAUAAAUUGUAACUUCUCUGUCUUAACUUUGCUACAAAGACUUGUAUUCGGUAGUAGAGAAUCCCUUUUUAAAAAUCUAUUUUUCUUUAAAUUUUGAGAAAUACAGUUUUAACUCUGAUAGAAAGAUAUUCCAAAGCAGUAUGCAGCAUUAAUCAAGACUUGGCAUGGUAAAUCUUUUUUGAUCUUUAACAGAUUUGUAUUGAUAGAAGGGUAAGUGAAAUUUUAUAUGUGCUAAAUAGCUGUUGAACAAAUGCAUUCUGACUUGAAUAACAGUUGUCUGCGUGAGGUUUUAAACAUGCACACAGGCAUUUCUCAUGUAAUAUUGAAAUUGUACCCUUUAAAAACAUUUAUUUUACCAUGACUUUGUUGCAGUCCUUAUUACUGUGUUGAUAUAAAUGUAUUCCAAGAAAUACAUAAGUGCAAUAACUGUAUACAGACAUUAAAUGAGCUGGCUUUAAUGAAAUACAAAAAUUCAAGUUCUGAAAUGUCAGGUGACCCUGUUACUUUUGCAUUUAUAUCUUUUGCCAAAAGAUCUUGAGAAAAGUGACCAUUUCUCUCGGAGCCUUAAGGGAACAUCAUGUUGAAUAUAAAGCGAAAAAGAUGCUUACUAAAUCCCUAUUUGCUUAACUCCAUACUACAUUUUCAGUAUUUAUAAAUAAAGACAUUUUCUCAUUCUCAAGGGUUUUAAGACAACUUAUUUAGUUUCUUUCUAAAAUUCACAGUAUAGACACACAAUAUUUGGUAAUAAAAAGAUUGUAAUUUAGAAUUAAAUGAUUUAUAUUUACUACUUUAAUAGAAUAGAAUAUGAAUAAAGUUUAGCUUGUAUUGCUUACUUGGAUAGCUGUGAUAGUAGAAUUUGUUCAGCAGAUGCACUUUAGUAAGUGGAUUUUGUAUUUCAUCUAAAUAUUUCUCUGAGAAGGCAGGGUUGUGCUGGCCCUAUAUUUGUUUCUGAACACAGCUCUUUUUAGCUCAUAAAUAUUCACAAUCUUUUAUAUCUAUCUGUUGGAAAUUGAGAGUAGCAGUUUAAACUUCGGGACCCAUAGAGUGCUCAUUUGAAUAUUUCCCCUCCACCUUUUCCUUCCCAUUUGGUGAAGUUGCUUGCAGUUUUCUUCUUGGCCUGAUGGAGUGCUUUGUGCAUUUUUGCCCACUUAAUAUUUUGAGUGUAUUGUAGCAUAGCCAUGAGGGAGAAUGCAGUUUAAGAAGGAGGCAUGAUAUUCAGUAAAAGCCACUUCUAUUGGAAACCUCUGUCUGUUGGACCUACUGGAAAACAUUCCUCUUAGAGAAAAUUUCUGUGCAAUAUAUUUACUGUUGUGGUAAUAUUCAUUAUUAAAUCCAUCAACCAUUUAACCAUAAGAUAAAAUCAUCACCAUUGCAAUUAUUAUUUUCAUAGCCAGAUAUUACACAUCCAGUGUAUAAUCCCAUUUUCCAAUAGUCACUUAAAAAUUAAACAUUGUUUCAGACUUUAACAGUGAGAUAAUAUUUAGUCCUGCUACAGAUUGGACACUGAUUUUUGAUUGUGCAUUUCAUGCUUCAUUUACCAUUUUAAAAAGUGUGUCUUAGUAAUAUUGAAAAGGCAACUUGAUGAAAGGCCUAUUGUACCAGCAUGUGGAGUUUUUUCCACAGCAUAUUCACAGCAUGAAUAAAUAAAAUAAAAAAAAAA